UGUUAUAUUGAACCAGAUUUUCUUUUGUUACUAUUUCAAUAAAGAAAAUCGUUGCAUGAAACCCAAAUUUAGCUAUUUUUUCAUUUUUUUCUCUGUGAGACUAAUAAUUUGAUGAAAUGAUACAGAUGACAGUUUUUCUUCUAAAUUAUCGAGUUGAUGGAAGAUGAAAGGACGCUAUUAAAUGUAAAAUCAAAUACAAAUGAUUAUUUGCAUUUGUAUUCGGUAAAAUACUGUUCUUUAAAAUUGAGCGCAUUGUUUUCGUUAGAGUGAUAGUGUGCUCAUAUUAAUACAAAAGCUAUCUGCAUUUGAUGCAAGAAGAAUAAGCUUUCUAAAUAAAAGAUUUUUAGUUGAAAAUAAAAAAAAUAUUCCAAACAAAAAUGGCCAAUAUAUUUGAUGCUUUUUCAUUUACAAACAUAUCUUGUCCGGUUUAUUUCCUCUUGAGAUCUACGUGAUAAUGUUACUAACUCAUUGAUAAUUUGCCUCUAUAAUUUCCAAUUUCCUAUUUUCAAACAAUAGCCUCCCGCAAUGAGCAGAUAAGACCUUUUCUUAUAUUCAUCUAGAUAUAUAAUAAAUACAACAGUCUAGACGUUGGCAUGUGAAACUGAGCUAUUAUAUGGUUGCGUAAAGAAAACGAUGAAAAAAGAAAAUGAAAUAUAAUCAAGCACUACACACGUUUUCUUACUAUUUAUUCAAUACAUUGUAAGCUCACCGCACCGUCUGCGCGAAACCUUACAAAUUCCGUAAAUGCACAUAAGUAGGGCUGGUCGGUAUUAUCGCUCAUUCAUUGCUUCUUGACAUUUCGUUUAGUUUGGCAGCCGGACCGCAAACGAGUUUCAAAACAAUAUAAAUUGCUGUGGUUGUUGCACGUGUUUGGUGAAUUUAUAAUAAAUUGAGUUUUAGUUAAUAUUUCAAUAGCCUUUAUAGAUUGUUGAUCGAAAUGACACAUUUUGAUUCUCGGAGAGAUGACUCCGAUUCCAGCUACGUGUCAUACGAUGAAGAUGAUGAACUGCGGGAAGCGUUAGCUAAGGGAUUGCUCAAACCUGGUUUGAACGUAGUGGAAAAAGAAAAAAGAGAACCCGUUAAUAACACGAUCAAGCUGAAAUCGGCCCUUGAAUCGACUAUACUCAAAGCACCAUGGGUUGAACGAAUGGAUUUGGUAAACGAUUUGGCUCCUUUGACACCCGAACUGGCCAUUCAAAUCGAAAAACACGAACAAAAACGUGAAAAUCAAUUUAAGGGAAACAAGAAGAUCCCAUAUGUUGCCCCAGAAGCGGACCCAGUUCUCAAUGAUUUCAAGCGAGAAAUCCUUUUCCAUCGUCAAGCCCAGGCUGCUGUUGUCGAAGGUAUCAAACGACUGCACGAUCUUGGCAUUGGUACCAAACGACCCGAUGAUUACUUUGCCGAGAUGGCUAAAACGGAUGAGCACAUGCAACGUAUCAGGAAAGUAUUGCUGGAUAAGCAGGAAGGUAUCGCCAAAUCCGAACGGGUGCGUCAGCUUCGCGAACAACGUCGUAUCGGAAAACUGAUACAGCGUCAAGCUACCGAAAAACGAGACGAAGACCGACGUAAAAUGCUAAACGACAUUAAGAAGUUUCGCAAGGGCAAGCUGUCUAAUUUGGACUUUUUGGACGAUGACGACGAAACGGCUUCAGGAACGAAAAAGAAAAAAGGAUCUGCAAGAGGAGCCCCUGUUAAGAAACAAAUCAAUGCCAAGCGGAAGGCUAGGAAUUCUAAAUUCGGUUUUGGUGGUCGCAAAAAAGGAUCGAAGAGAAACACCAAAGAGUCAUUCCUGGGGGAUAGCCGGAAGAAAAAGAAUGCAUCGAACAGAAGCGGCGGUGGUGGUGGUGGUGUUGGUGGUGGUGGAGGUGGCGGAAAAAAGAUGCGUUUGGGCAAAAGUAGACGAGCACAAGCAAAAAAUAAGAGAAACUAAGUUCCGAAUCUUUCUGGUAUUUGCUAGAGUAAUAAAAAAUGCUUACAAUUCGUAAUUGUAAUUGCAUUGAGAAAGAAA